UCUGGUCACCACACGCGGGGCGACACGCCAGGGAUCGUACCGCGGUGGCUUAGAGUUGAACUUUAUUUUUUUUUUAAAUUUUCUUUCUUUUCGACAUUCUAGUCUAGGUCCAACUAGAUCUAGUUCUAACAGCCAGGCUUCAGGCAGGUGGACUUGUACUUUACAACUAAUCAUCAUCUAGGGAAAUUAAAGACUAUUCGAAACAAGAACCUUUGACAAAAUAUGUCACCCAUGCAUCAACUAGCUCUACUCUACCUAUGCCUCAGUUUUUUUGCCUCAUAUACAGCCAUCACAUCGGCGUCCCUCUUCACCCAUCGGCAGCAGCGUACUCAGGAAUGGGUUCCCGAAGACGCCAACAAUAUCAUUGACGAGAACUCCUCGGACAAUGUUGGCCAGGAAGGGCGACAGAGAAGUUUGGGGAGAAUAUGGAAGCUGCUUCGACACCUGGAAACGAGGGACGCCCAGUUGAGCCACAGAGACAUCGAAAGACAAAGUCUUAGAAGAGAUGCAACCAAUGACAGCGACGAUGCUGUUGAUAAAGUCACAGAAAUUCAUCUAAACAAGAGGCAACCAUUGUGGGAAAUGACAGGCAUUGAUGUGGUGUCGCAGAUCAUCCGUGAAAUAGAGAAGCAAGAAAGACAGAGAGAGAUGAUGCUGAAAGGCUGAGAUCCACCCAUAGAGGAGAACGUCUAUUUUUAUUUGUAAAAAAUAUGGGCAAAGAUGCAAUAAUAAAAGUAACUGCGAAAGACUUGAAGAAAUGAAUUUCUAAC